AUGUCAGAGUGUUUCGCCCCCGGUGCCGAGGAAGCCACCCCUGCUUCUGCGGACCCGUGCUGGGAGUCCUGGCGGCAAGGAGCGGAUUGUUUGGACACUUUCCUGAUUCAGAGCAAGACUUUCAGGGACGUGGCGCUAAACGCCGUGCGGGUCGUCGCACAAAAUGCAGUUGGCGAGAUGACAGGGAACGAGAGCCGGCUUGGGAACCCAGUGGCCCCCCUGCAUUCCAACACGACGGCCGAGCGGGUCCACGUAGAACACGCCGGCAGCAUCUCGAGCGGAUUCAUGUGGGCGUUGGUGGUCGCGGUGAGCGUUUUGGCCCUCGGCUGCAUCUUCUGCUCGCUCCGAGCGUUCGAGCAGACGACCUCGAACCCGCCUCCCCUCGCCAGCGCCGCGGCGAAGGGCGGAGCGCCCAUGAGCUGCGCAUCCCUCGCCAGCAUCACGUCCGAGUGGUCGCAGCGCCGGCAGCCGCAGCCUCCCGCCAGCGCCCGCUCCCGUGGCCUGCUGUCGGUGCCGACGAGCGCACGGAGCGUGCAGGGGGCCGGCCGAGCGCUGUCCAUGAAGAUCAAGAGCAUAGGCAGGCACGGCGUGACGCCGCACAGCUCCCUGCCCCUGUACGACACCGCCUCGGAGCCCGCCGGGCAGAGCGCGGGGGGGUACCUCUUCACGGUGCCAGUGGAUGCCCUCGUGGACGUGGCGGGGAAGGGCAGCUUCAUCAUCAAGGACACUUUCAGCGGCCUGGUGCUCAGGGCGUCCGUGAUUCAGAACCCCGACGGCUUCCGGAAGAUCCAGAUUUGCCUCGGCGAGGACGCCAAGAUCCCGUGUGCGGUCGUGGAGCCGCCACGGCAGGCGACGCAGGAUGCCUGCAACAGCCUGGAGGUGCGCGGGGCGAACAACUUGCUUUUAGCAACCAUGGUUCUGCAGAGGACUGGGUCUAUCGUCGUGCACUCCCAGGCACAGCCGGAGCUCAUCAUUGAGGGCAACGAGGCGGACUUGGACCUCCACGUCUUCUCCCGCGACGGCCGCUCCAAGGCCACGGUCUCGUGCAAUGAGAGGCACCCAGGCGGGCCUGAGCAGGUUGAGAUGCACGUGCUGCCUGGCACUGACUGUGUCCUCAUCGUCGCGUGCACGCUCGCGAUUCUAUUCCUCUGCGGCGAGCAGUGA